GCAGCGGAAGAGCGGCUCUUCGUGACGUCAAGCCCCUGGUUGCCUUGAAACUCCUGCUUCAGACCCCUUACCCUUCCCAGUCCAAAGCCCGGGGCUUUGGCCCACUCCCACGCUAGCCUGCGGCUCGCACUGCCCCUGCGGGCAUGACGUUACGCGCGAGGCGAGGUCUUCUGACGUGAAACGUAACUGUCCACCAUCUUUGUCCCUGGCAAGUGGGUUUUGCGCAGUGGCUUAGACCUGGAGGAAUCGUGACGCGCAGGAAACCAUUAGACCACCUCUCUGGCUGCGCCGUCAGGCAGCUGCCGCCCCGCCUUUGCCCUCGGUGCACAUUAAAGAUCCAAAACCAUGACAGAUUCCAAGUACUUCACAACAAAUAAGAAAGGAGAAAUCUUUGAAUUAAAGGCUGAACUCAACAAUGAAAAGAAAGAAAAGAGGAAGGAGGCUGUGAAGAAAGUGAUUGCUGCUAUGACUGUGGGGAAGGAUGUUAGCUCUCUCUUUCCAGACGUAGUGAACUGUAUGCAGACUGACAACCUGGAGCUAAAGAAGCUCGUGUAUCUCUACUUAAUGAACUAUGCCAAGAGUCAGCCAGAUAUGGCUAUCAUGGCUGUUAACAGCUUUGUAAAGAGCAGCCGGAUGUGGAUCCCUGUCCUGCUCAAACGGCCCGAAUCUCAGUCUCUCAAGCACUCUGCCUGUCCCACCUCCCCAACCCCACCAACCUCCAGAGCACCACACAAUGUAGGUUUGUACUUGCAAAGUAGAUCUCCAGGGCUGGGUAUUCAUCAGUUCUAGGCUUCCUCCCGCUCCGUGCUCCAUUUCUCUCCCUCCUGCCAGUAAGCUGGGGUCGGGGAAGGACUUGGGUCCCAAUGGAUCAAGGCUUUUGUACGUUACCCUGUUUCAUGAGAUCUGCUCUGUUCGUGAGGUUUGUAUGCAGUCUGGUGCAGCCUUCUUUUCUGAUGCUUUUUUAGGUUUGGUUGUAUAAACUAUAUUUUCAUACUAUAUGUGGUUUUGGGCAGAGUUCUCUGUCUCACCUCUCACGCCGCUGUCUUGAAUCUCAUCAGAUCUCUUUUGAACAUAACUACAUUACCAUUCUCACAUCUUUAAAAAUUGACCAUUA